UUUCACUGCAACUAGGCAUCGACAAUUCAUGUCAAUACGUAUUUUAUAGCCGCACACUAUAGGUACCGUAAACGUAUACAGUGCGCCUCCGUUAUAGGAAACGAACCAUAAUAAUAAUAUAUCGCCUACGGUCAAACGCCAAGAAGUCGUCGUCAUCGUCGGACAACGUCGUCGUAGAGAAUUUGUCGUGCUGCAGACUUACCGGUCGAAUUUGAACUACGGCUGCAAACCCGACGAACGGACGGCGGACGAACGAACGAACGAACGAACAAGCGGCGCUGGUCGACGGCAGCGGCGGCGUCUGCGACUACCGCGGUAUAAGGUCACUGUAUAUACGUAUAUACCGCGGCGGCGGCGGCGGCGGCGGCGACUACGACAUACGCGGGCGCCGGCGGCGGCGAAGUCAUGGACCCCAGUGUGCUUUCAGCGAUGGACCGGGACGCGCUCAAGAAACAGAUCGAAAACAUGCGCUACCAGUCCACAAUGGACCGAUGGCCGCUAUCCAGGAGCAUACAGGCAAUGAGAGAGUUCGUUGAGGAAAACGAAAAAACCGAUCCAUUAAUCCAUGCUCCAGACAAAAAGAACAACCCUUGGGCGGAAAAAGGGAAGUGUGUAAUAAUGUGAACGAUUUUUUUUUUUUACACACUCAACUCGGCGCUGCCACCGCCGCCCACACAGCCGUGCCACGCUGCCCUGUCGGCUUUGGAUCCGGUCAAACUUACAUUUUCUUUACAUUUUAUUAACGCAAUCAUUUAUUUUUUAUUUGAUGAAAAAUAUAAAAAUAAUUGUAACAUUUCCAAUAUCGUGUAUUUUUUCGUUUUAUUUUGAAUUAUAAAAAAACAUUUUUAAUAAAAGUUAAAAAAAAAUUAUAACAUAAAAACGAGUAUUUUAAGGGUAAUUAUAUAAGCUCAAUAAAAUAUAAAAAUAAUAGUCUUGGUUUCAAAUAUGAUAAUUUAAUUAACUAGGUAGGUCGAUAAUAAUAUGUAGGUAGGAUGCGUGCGCGCCUUAAUGUUAUCAAUUUCUGUGUGAGUACUUAAACGAUAAAUACGUCUUCGUCUUGUUUUUUGUUUGUUUUUCUUUCUUAAUUUUUAGAUUAUAUAUCUUAUAUUAUAUGAUUUUUAUCUUUAGUCACAUUAUUAUUCUAGUCACUGUAAUUAAGCCCAUCUCAGAUAUAUUAUUUAUAUCUCGUAUACCUAUAUAUUAUUAUAAUUAUAAAUAUUUAUAAAUAUUAAAUACUAUAUUAUACAUGUAUUAUACUUUUAUUAAUAAAAUAAUUUAUAGCUAAGCAUCAACAAUCAUCGUAUAAUGUCGGCCACUUUUUUUUGUAAUCCAUAUUGCAAUAAACCUGUAAGGCCCACCGAGGUUACUAUAAUAAUAAUAUUAUAUAAUAUACACCGUUAAUGUUUUAUCCGGAAUAUAUCCUAAUCCCUCCCCCAUCCGAGCUUAAUUAUAUGAAAUUUCGCGUCGUGACGUUUCUAUAAGAUUUUAUACAUUUUUUAAAAAAAAAAGGUAAGCCUGUCUAAUAUUUGUAUAAAUUAGAGUGUUAAAAAAACAAUUUUAGUUUACUAUAAUUCAUUUUUUUUUAUGUAGUAGAUUUUUCUGGUAAUAUUUAUGGGCACCAAUUACGUUGUAAGUUUAAUAUUUAUUAUCUAUAACAAAAACGUUGUUUUAUUUUUUGUCGACACUAUUAUAUAUAUUACACUAAUGUAUUAUGUCAUUCGUAACACGUGCGUAUGUUAUAAUAUGCUUAAUAUAUUAUAUUAUACAUGUAACGACGAUUGACCGAAACAAUGUUUAAUAUAUAUAUAUUAAGUAUACAUAAACAUAGAAGAGUGAUCGUAAUACCAUAUUGUUCUGUAUUCAUGGGAAAUAAAAACA